ACGGAAUAUUCGUGCAUAGAACGGGGCGAACACACGAGUGGUGUUUGUUCUCUGGGUGGGACUGGGCCCAAUUCACAAUCGGUGAUCAGGCAAGAUUGGUCCGUUUUGGGAUGAGCCUUCAAGGCAAGCUUCCAGAAAGACCUGGCCCGACGCCGCGCGGUCACGCAUCCAGUGCCUCUCUUGGUGCUGUGGGAUGUCCUUGGAGCCCUAUUGGUGGCUCAGAAGUGUCCGCUGGAUCUUCGUGUCUAAUCCAAGCCGGACCUGGGAGUCCCAGAGUCCACCACAAUCGGUGCGCGUCAGUCAGAUGUGUCCAAUGAUAAACCUGACACGUGUUUCAAGGAUUGGGACGACCUGAGUUGGUCGACGGCUAGUGCCGAUGGUUGACGGCAGCUCUAC